AAGAGUUUUCGCUUUAUUAUAUAAUAAGUAAUUGUUUAUACUCUUAUAUUGAAGUGCAAACGUCAAGUAGUUAUCGCAUAUUCUGAGUGUAUUCGCGGCCAGUGAACUGAUGUUCACUUCGAGUUCUCAACUUGAUAAGAUCGCAUAGGUCUAGGCGACCGGUUUCAGUUGACUAUUGAAGCUUGUGCCAUGACGUCGAUUACUAUACGCGAGUUGAGAGCGGAUGACAUCGAUGAGUACUGCCGGUUUCUGACUACAAACUUCUACGGCCAUGAGCCGGUCUUGCAAACACCCGGAGACCACAAGAUCGUCACAGAUACGCCGGAGAAACGCGAGACACGUUUAGCUAUCAUCCGACAAGGUCUCUCGUUGGUUGCUGUGGAUUCGGGCAAUGAAGGUCGGAUUGUAGGCUGCGCCUUUGCGGAAGAAAUGGUUCCCAAUGACUUGGAGAUCAAUUGGAACAAAGUCAAUGAAAAGAAGCCAACGACCUUUCUGGAUCACGUGCAUCUAUUACUUAGCGGCGUGGAGAUGCGAUCGAAGUUCUUCGAACGCUUCGAAGUAUCGAAGGCCCUCUUCCUCAAUAUUCUGACAGUGGAUGCAACAAUGUGCAAUCAAGGAAUAGGACGUCGUCUGGUUGCCGCUUUAAUAGAACUGGGUCGCUCCAAGGGAUUCCCCCUGAUUGCAGUCUCCUGCACCAGUUUGUAUUCAACGCGAGUCAUGUCAGCUAUGGGAAUGAGUUGUGUUCACUCUGAGAACUAUUCGGGAUUUUAAAGAUGAGGAUGGCAAUGUAGUGCUAAAGCCACCUGCACCUCAUACUUCUGUCAAUCUCAUGGCAAUGAAAUUGUAGGGUAUUCUAAGUUCGUUGUAGUCGGUAAUGUUGCUAAAUAAACGUGGGAGAUAUUAUAGAUUCCCCUAGCUUAUCUACAGGGUU